AUGUCUCCAAUUCUAUCAAUUCUUAUCACUACCUCCCUAUACCUGUUCCGCCUUGCACGCGCGGGUCCCUAUGCGGGCUCCACGGUUAAAGCCCUCGUCCCUUUCGCCGAGGCCGAAUCCAUGACCACCCCAUUCACCAGCAGAUAUCACGUCCCCAUCCAACUCAGCACUGGUCCCCCGGGGACCCGUAUCAAUACAAAAGUCUACCGCCCAUUCGUAGAUACCGGCACCACUGGCAUCGUUCUCCCCGCAGCCAACAUGCCCGGGUUCACCGUCCCCACCAGCACCAGCGCAGAAAGAGGUUGGCAAAAUCUCACCAGCAGCAAAACCCUCUACGGCGGCUGGUGGAUCGAAAAGGACGUCUUCUUCAACCCGAGCAAUGAUAUGCCCAUCGUGAAAUCCACCGUCAAGAUCCUCGCCGUAACGGAGAGAACAAAAGAGUGCAGCGACUUGCAAAUUCACGGGGACCUAUACACCUGCCCGGAAUCACCCUCCUCAGACCUCAGAGACUUCCACGGAAUCCUCGGGAUAGGAUUCGGACGCCGUGGUCCAGACCAGCCGCAAGCUUUUCCAGACAGGAACCCCGCACUGAAAGUCAGCACUAUAGGUGGCAGAGCUGCGACAUGGCCGACUUUCUACAGGGGGUACCAGAUCGACCGGCGCGGCAUCACUAUCGGCUUGACAGACGAAAACAUGGUCCCCUUCACCA